GACAUAUACACAGUUCCCAGGGUAGAGGGAAACCCAGAGGAACUGGUUGUAAAGAGGAAUGGGCCCCAGCUGACCCCCUGAACCCAGGAGGUUAUAUGUGCACGGUGGUGCCUGCUGAAGGUGGGCAAGGGAGCUGAGCAGGGACCGGGGGCUACUGUACCCCCUUUUCACCUCCUCUCGCAUCUGGAGCCCCUCCUCCUCCACAUGUGCGAAUCCAGGAGCCACAGAAGAUUCUGGCCCAGCUGAGAGUGGGAGGUUUAAAGGUUAGACCACUGCAGGGACUUCCCAGUAGGUAGGAGUAGAGAGACCCCACCUUGUGGGUAAGUGAAAAGAGGAAUAUGUCAUGUCUCCUAUCUGGGAAAUCUUGAGCAAGAGGAGAAACCACUGCUAGGCUGGUUAUACUGGCUGUGACAUGAUGGAGAGGCAGGGGAAUCACUGAAAUGACCUAGAAGGGCCUCUUAAACUUUCUGGUUGGACCGAGCAGAGGAGGGAGAGAGAGGUGUGUCUCUUGUAAGGUGGGUGAACGUCUUUUUAUUCCCUCCCAAUCCACCAACUUCCGCCCAAGCCAGGAUCUGUCACAACUCCAGAGGUGGAAAUUCCGGUUUCCCUGGCCCAGAGCUCCCAGUGCUGGCUUUGGCAUGAUGGGCGCCUGGAGGGCCGCACUCCCGUUCCAGCCAGGCUGAGCCUUCUGUCCCCUGCCUCUGGGGCCUGGGAACCCCCCUUCUUCUUUCUCCUGAAUGGCACCCCCGCCCUAGAAUCCAGACACCGAGUUUCCCACUGUGGCUGGUUCAAGGGUAUGUGAGGUGAGAUGGGUGGCUUGGGGUGGGUGGUCUUGGGGAAGAUUAUGUAGAGGCCCAGGGAGGCAGACACAGGAGCAAGAGACAAAGGGGCCGGGGAGCUGCAGAGGCUGGGAGCCGGCCAGCCACCCCUGCCCAGGCAGCUCCCCAGGAAAUGCUGAUAACCAACCUGGCGCGAUGGACCUUUAUUGCCUCCCUGGAAGAAUCUGGCCAGGCAGGCCUGACCCUCAAAGACCCUGAACCCAGCUGGGGCUGGGGGAGAGGUUAGAGCAGGCAGACUCAAACCCGGUCUGCCAACCUGGGUCAGAGCUGAGUAUGUGGCACAGGUGUCAACAGAUCUGAAAGUGACAGGAGAGUAAGGUCUGAGGAAUUUAUAUUUUGGGUAGAGGAACCUGCUCCCCAAAAUGUUCCCUGCCCAGAGCCAGGCAACGGUUUGGGCUUGGGCUAUGAGAAGGGGGAAGGCAAAGGAGGAAAGGCAGGAAAGACUUCCUGAGAGUAAGGCAAGAAAAGGCAAACCAGAGCUGUUGGUGAGAAGACAGCAGAAGAAGCAGGAUAGGGGACACCUGGGUUCCUACCCAGAGGGGACAGUGAGAUGACAGGCUGAGGCCUGGAAGGAUGAUGAAAGUGAGACAGUCUUAGGGCCCUUCCAGAUAGGGAACCUUCCCUGCCCUAAUGCCCCCCCCCACCCCCCGCCACCAGUACACACGCUUCUGCUUCUGCUGCCUGGGGCUCUCCUAUUGGUCCCCAGGGGGAAUGUGGUAAGAACUGCUCACCCAGAAAGUGCCCGGGUGCCUGUUUCCCCAGAGCUCCCUGGUGACAGUCUGUGACUGAGCAUGGCCCUCCCAGCCCUGGGCCUGGACCCCUGGAGCCUCCUGGGCCUUUUCCUCUUCCAACUGCUCCAGCUGCUGCUGCCGACGACGACCGCGGGGGGAGGCGGGCAGGGGCCCAUGCCCAGGGUCAGAUACUAUGCAGGGGAUGAACGUAGGGCACUUAGCUUCUUCCACCAGAAGGGCCUCCAGGACUUUGACACUCUGCUCCUGAGUGGUGAUGGAAAUACUCUCUAUGUGGGGGCUCGAGAAGCCAUUCUGGCCUUGGAUAUCCAGGAUCCAGGGGUCCCCAGGCUAAAGAACAUGAUACCGUGGCCAGCCAGUGACAGAAAAAAGAGUGAAUGUGCCUUUAAGAAGAAGAGCAAUGAGACACAGUGUUUCAACUUCAUCCGUGUCCUGGUUUCUUACAACGUCACCCAUCUCUACACCUGCGGCACCUUUGCCUUCAGCCCUGCUUGUACCUUCAUUGAACUUCAAGAUUCCUACCUGUUGCCCAUCUCAGAGGACAAGGUCAUGGAGGGAAAAGGCCAAAGCCCCUUUGACCCCGCUCACAAGCAUACGGCUGUCUUGGUGGAUGGGAUGCUCUAUUCUGGUACCAUGAACAACUUCCUGGGCAGUGAGCCCAUCCUGAUGCGCACGCUGGGAUCCCAGCCUGUCCUCAAGACCGACAACUUCCUCCGCUGGCUGCAUCAUGACGCCUCCUUCGUGGCAGCCAUCCCUUCGACCCAGGUCGUCUACUUCUUCUUCGAGGAGACAGCCAGCGAGUUUGACUUCUUUGAGAGGCUCCACACAUCGCGGGUGGCUAGAGUCUGCAAGAAUGACGUGGGCGGCGAAAAGCUGCUGCAGAAGAAGUGGACCACCUUCCUGAAGGCCCAGCUGCUCUGCAGCCAGCCGGGGCAGCUGCCCUUCAACGUCAUCCGCCACGCUGUCCUGCUCCCCGCCGAUUCUCCCACAGCUCCCCACAUCUACGCAGUCUUCACCUCCCAGUGGCAGGUUGGCAGGACCAGGAGCUCUGCGAUUUGUGCCUUCUCUCUCUUGGACAUUGAACGUGUCUUUAAGGGGAAAUACAAAGAGUUGAACAAAGAAACUUCACGCUGGACUACUUAUAGGGGCCCUGAGACCAACCCCCGGCCAGGCAGUUGCUCAGUGGGCCCCUCCUCUGAUAAGGCCUUGACCUUCAUGAAGGACCAUUUCCUGAUGGAUGAGCAGGUGGUGGGAACGCCCCUGCUGGUGAAAUCUGACGUGGAGUAUACACGGCUUGCAGUGGAGACAGCCCAGGGCCUUGAUGGGCACAGCCAUCUUGUCAUGUACCUAGGAACCACCACAGGGUCGCUCCACAAGGCUGUGGUGAGUGGGGACAGCAGUGCUCAUCUGGUGGAAGAGAUUCAGCUGUUCCCUGACCCUGAACCUGUUCGCAACCUGCAGCUGGCCCCCACCCAGGGUGCAGUGUUUGUAGGCUUCUCAGGAGGUGUCUGGAGGGUGCCCCGAGCCAACUGUAGUGUCUAUGAGAGCUGUGUGGACUGUGUCCUUGCCCGGGACCCCCACUGUGCCUGGGACCCUGAGUCCCGAACUUGUUGCCUCCUGUCUGCCCCCAACCUGAACUCCUGGAAGCAGGACAUGGAGCGGGGGAACCCAGAGUGGGCAUGUGCCAGUGGCCCCAUGAGCAGGAGCCUUCGGCCUCAGAGCCGCCCGCAAAUCAGUGAGUGUGGGACCACUCACCAGGGGAGGUGCAAAGGCUCUGGAAGACUUUUGGGCAGGGUUAAAGAAGUCCUGGCUGUCCCCAACUCCAUCCUGGAGCUCCCCUGCCCCCACCUGUCAGCCUUGGCCUCUUAUUAUUGGAGUCACGGCCCAGCAGCAGUCCCAGAAGCCUCUUCCACUGUCUACAAUGGCUCCCUCUUGCUGAUAGUGCAGGAUGGAGUUGGGGGUCUCUACCAGUGCUGGGCAACAGAGAAUGGCUUUUCAUACCCUGUGAUCUCCUACUGGGUAGACAGCCAGGACCAGACCCUGGCCCUGGAUCCUGAACUGGCAGGCAUCCCCCGGGAGCACGUGAAGGUCCCGUUGACCAGGGUCAGUGGUGGGGCCGCCCUGGCUGCCCAGCAGUCCUACUGGCCCCACUUUGUCACUGUCACUGUCCUCUUCGCCUUAGUGCUUUCAGGAGCCCUCAUCAUCCUCCUGGCCUCCCCAUUGAGAGCACUUCGGGCUCGGGGCAAGGUUCAGGGCUGUGAGACCCUGCGCCCUGGGGAGAAGGCCCCGUUGAGCAGAGAGCAACACCUCCAGUCUCCCAAGGAAUGCAGGACCUCUGCCAGUGAUGUGGACGCUGACAACAACUGCCUAGGCACUGAUUAAACUCUAGGCACAGGCUGGGGCUGCAGGGCAGGCACCUGGCCAUGCUGGCUGGGUGGCCCCAACACAGCCCUUACGAGGAUGAGAGCAGCACAAAAGACCACCUUUCUCCCCUGAGAGGAGCUUCUGCUACUCUGCAUCACUGAUGGCACUCAGCAGGGUGAUGCACAGCAGUCUGCCUCCCCUAUGGGACUCCCUUCUACCAAGCACAUGAGCUCUCUAACGGGGUGGGGGCCACCCCCAGACCUGCUCCUACACUGAUAUUGAGGAACCUGGAGAGGAUCCUUCAGCUCUGGCCAUUCCAGGGACCCUCCAGAAACACAGUGUUCCAAGAGACCCUAAAAAACCUGCCUGUCCCAGGACCCUAUGGUCAUGAACACCAAACAUCAACCAUAUGCUAACAUGCCACUCCUGGAAACUCCACUCUGAAGCUGCCACUUUGGACACCAACACUCGCUUCUCCCAGGGUCAUGCAGGGAUCUGCUCCCUCCUGCUUCCCUUACCAAUCAUGCACCGCUGACUCCCAGGAAGUCUUUCCUGAAGUCUGACCACUUUUCUUCUUGCUUCAGUUGGGGCAGACUGUGAUCCCUUCUGCCCUGGCAGAAUGGCAGGGGUAAUCUGAGCCUUGUUCACUCCUUUACCCUAGCUGACCCCUUGACCUCUCCCCCUCCCUUUUCCUUUGUUUUGGGAUUCAGAAAACUGCUUGUCAGAGACUGUUUAUUUUUUAUUAAAAAUAUAAAGCUUAUGUAUGCUGUGUUUUAUUAAAAAUAUAAAGCUUA